AUGAAAAAAUCAACUACAAUUGAUGCAUUCUUUAAAAGAAAGAAUAUUGAAGUUUCAACAUCUGAUGUCUCAUCAAAUCUAUCAGUGGAUGUAGAUCAUGAAAAUUCAAAAAAUCGCCCAACAAAGUCUUUAAGACUUGACAUUAAAGAAGGAUUUGAUAUUAAUUUAUUGGAGCGUGAUCCGGGAAUACGCCCGCUAAUAUGGGAGUAUCCACCAGAGAAGCGUGACGAAGUUCGCAGAGCUUACAUUAAAGCUGGUCCAUAUCAGAUUAUACUCUCUAGCUAUCAAAAAUCAGAAGAAGCUCAUUCACGUUCUUUUCAGUCAUCUUGGUUUAAGCUAUUUCCAUCUUGGUUGGAAUAUUCUCCUAAAGUAGAUGCUGUAUUUUGUCUACCGUGCUUUUUAUUUCACUCUAAAGAUGCACCGCCUAGAUUGGAUGCAUUUACUAUUAAUGGAUUUCGAUCAUGGAAAAAGGUAAGAGGAAAAAAUUGUGCAUUUUUAGCACAUAUUGGAGACGAUAUAAAUUCACCUCAUAGAAAUUCUGAGAAAGCAGUUGCAGAUCUCAUGAACCAACCAAUACAUAUUGGAAGAAGGUUUGCAAACUUCACAUCACAAGAAAUUGCUGACAAUAGACUUCGUUUGAAAACAUCAAUUGAGGGGAUUAGGUGGCUUGCAUUUCAAGCAUGCCCUUUUGUAGCGGAAGUUUUGGAUAAAGCUCCACGAAAUGCCACAUAUACAUCACCAACAACGCAAAAACAAAUUUUGCAUGUAUUGGGAAAUAAAGUGAGAAACGCGAUUCGUGAAGAAAUUGGUGAUGCAAAAUUUUCUGUAAUAGUUGAUGAAGCACGAGAUGAAUCUAAGAAAGAGCAAAUGUCAAUUGUUUUAAGAUUUGUUGAUAAAGAUGGUUAUGUGCAAGAACGUUUUUUUGGGCUUAUUCAUGUCAAAGACACUGCUGCUAUAACAUUAAAAGAAGGUAUUUUCUCUAUACUCUCUAAUUAUAGUCUUGAUGUUCAAUCUAUUCGUAGACAAGGUUAUGAUGGCGCAAGUAAUAUGCGUGGACAAUGGAAUGGUUUGCAAGCUUUAAUUUCAAGUGAAUGUCCUUAUGCUUACUAUGUUCAUUGUUUUGCACAUCGUUUGCAAUUGGCAUUAGUUGCUGCAUCUAGAGAAGUUAUUCCUGUCCAUCAAUUUUUUACAAAGUUAAAUUCUAUUGUUAAUAUUGUUGGUGCUUCAUGUAAACGCAAUGACCAACUAAAAGCUGCUCAUGCUACAAAUAUUGCUCAUUUACUUGAGAUUGAUGAACUAGAAAGUGGGAAAGGACUCAAUCAAAUUGGUUCUUUACAAAGGGCAGGUGAUACUCGUUUGAUAAAGAUGUUUAGUGCAACAUGUGAAGUUUUAUUGAAUAUUAUUGAAGAUGGUACUACUUUUGCUCAACGAGGAGAUGCGGAUGCAGCUUAUGAGUCAUUAACUUCUUUUGAAUUUGUUUUCAUUUUGCAUCUUAUGAAAAAAAUUCUGGAGAUUUCUAAUAUACUAUGUCAAGCUUUACAACUUCAGUCUCAAGAUAUUUUAAAUGCAAUGCAUCUUGUUUCAUCUACUAAGACUCUCAUUCAGAAAUUGAGAGAAGAUGGAUGGGAUGAAUUAGUUUAUGAGGUGAAAUCUUUUUGUGAACGCGUUAAUAUACCUGUCCUAGAUUUUAAUGCUCACUAUACUACAAAAAGAGGAAGAAGUCGUGGUCAACAAGAUGCAAUUACAGUGGAGCAUUAUUACAGAGUUGAUCUUUUCAAUUCAGUGAUAGACUUUCAACUACAAGAAUUAAACAACAAAUUCAAUAAUAAUACAGUGGAGUUACUCAUUCUUAGUUCAGCUUUAGAUCCGAGAGAGAUGCACACAUCAUUCAGAAUUGAUGAUAUUUGCAAGUUGGUACAAAAAUUUUACCCAAGAGAUUUUACAGAAUACGAGAUGGUACAACUAAGGACGCAAUUUGAACAUUUUGCUCAUGUACGAGAACUUCCUGAUUUUGCUGUUUUGGCAACUAUUUCUGAUUUAUGUCAGUGGUUGGUAAAAACUAGAAAAGCAGAGAUUUUUCCAAUUGUCUAUAAAGUGAUAACUCUUAUUCUUACACUUCCGGUUACUACAGCUACCACAGAACGAUCUUUUUCAGCUAUGAAUAUAGUGAAGACUACACUUCGCAACAAGAUGGAAGAUGAAUUUUUAAGUGAUUGUUUGCUCGUGUAUAUUGAAAAAGAAAUCGCCAAAAAAUUUAGUAUAGAUUCACUUAUCGAUGAUUUUCGUGAUAUGCAAGAAAGACGUUCUGGGAAAAUACUUAAGGAGCUUGAUAGGAAAAGACUUGAAAGACAAUUUCAGAGUGAUACAUUUGGUACUGAAUCUGAUUCAAGGUACUUAAAAAAGUACUUGGGGAAAGACCUAAUUAUCAAAGAGGCAUUGAUUAUAAGAUUAAAGGCAAAGUAA